AUAUUCUGAAAUUAUAAUUUAGAACAGUAGUAUUUUGCUAUAUCUUGUUUGUCAGUGGAAUUAAAAUAAACUUCUUUAUUUUGAUUUCAUUGAACAAACUUUGACAAAGGUAAACAAAAAUCAUGGCUUCUGCUGAGAAGCCCUUGACUGCUGCUCAGAAGGCACGCAUUGAAAAAAAUAAGGCAACGGCUUUACAACUCAGAAAAUCGAAGGUGACAAAGCGAUCUCAUGAGAAAGGAAACAAUAGUGAUGUUGAAAGUAAAGUAAAACGUGCGGCUGUUGAAAUUGACACUGGUGCUGGCUUUUUCCUUGAAGAACCCGAUGGGGUUGUUGCAAGCAGCAAGACUGAGAAGAAUUCUGAUCUGAAAGUUGUGCAUGAACCAGGGCCAGUUGUUGAAGUAGACAACUUGUUUUGUCUCGAGUGUGACAAGGAAUUCCUAGACUCAUAUUUGUACAGCAAAUUUGACCAUCCUGUGUGUGACAAAUGCCGAGAUGAAGAUUCAGACAGCCUGAUCACAAAGACUGAUGCAAAGACCACUUACCUUUUAAAGGAUGAAGACUUUGAUAAAAGGGAACCAGAGCUGAAAUAUAUCGUUCGCAAGAAUCCUCACAAUUCACACUGGGGUGACAUGAAGUUAUUUCUACACUGUCAGGUUCACAAAAGAGCUAUGGAAGUGUGGGGGAGUGAAGAGAAACUGGAAGAAGCGAAAACACAGAGAGUGGAGAACAGAGAAAAAGCCAAACAGAAGAAAUUCAACAAAAAGUUGAAAGAGUUACGUAUGUCAGUACGCAGCAGCUUGUGGCGUAAAGAUCUCACUGGCCACCAGCAUGAGUAUGACGAGGAAGUUUACGACGAGGAGGAGGACAGCUACUCAAAGACUUGCACGACUUGUGGACAUGUCUGGACCUAUGAAAAAAUGUGAACUGUGUCAUGCUUGUGUCAUUCAUAAUGUGUGAUCGGUCAUUGCUGACUAGAACAGAUACAUGUAGUUUCAAAAGUAAAAGUAAGUUGGACUCCCUAUUUUGAACUGCUAAACCUAGUGCAAAAUACCCAUGGUAACAUUAGGGUUGCCAGGAUGUCUCACAGGAACUGGGAACAGCACACUGAUCAUCGUAAUUCAUGGUGACGUAGGGGAUUAUACUACUUUACUUUUAUCAUCUCAUGAUAGUAUUUCUUCGGCUUCUACUCUUCUUUAAGUUUCCAUCUGGUUAGGAUCUGAGAAUAAUCAAGCCUGUGAGCUCUGGCCCUCCUGAGCCUUACAGAACCUGUUCAUCAGAGCUACUUUGGGUCAGUUGCUAUAUACAUCACAGCACAUCGAGGCCUUUGCAAAGGAGUAAAAGUAACACACACUCUAGUGUUUGCUUGGAUCUGUUGGGUUGUCACUAUAUCUUCGAGUAAAUGUCAUACAUGACUAACGUAAAUGUAACAUUAUAUAUUACUCUAGUAGUAUUAACACUUUGCAGUCACACAGCCAGCAGGACAAAGUACCCCAUCUGGUUACCCAACCAGGAGAGUGACUGCAACGGACUUCUCAGGCCUGGUGCAGAACUGUGCCAGGUGACUGGAACAGAUAAUUUUCACCGUCGCAUUAUUGCGCCAAGUGACUUCAAAGUGUUAAUGCAUAAUAAUGAAAAGGGCCUCAAAGUAGGUUUUACAGAUGUGCAAGACGUUGCUUCAUUCUGCUUAAUCCUAGUAAUGUACAUGCAAGUAAUGUGAAUGACGUCGAUACUUCAGCGACUGAUAGUGAGCAGUCUUAAGUGACAACACCCCAUACCUUAUGGAACAUGAUUCAGAGUUCAUUUGGUAAAUCAUGAGAAACUAAAGACAACAGUAAGCAAUAUUUUCCCACUGCAAGUUUGCCUUUAUUCUGUGAAUAUUGAUACUUGCCUAGAUAGGGAAUUGAAUGACAUUUUUUGCAGAUGAGUAGGCCUAUCUGUUGUCUUUAUUGAAUGCGAGGUGUAGAUUUCUCUCUCUGCCUAACAUAUGUAUGUGUGUGUGUCUGGAAAAAGGUCCGAGCUGUAGAAAAUUUUGGAUUUAUUAAAAUUAGGGCAUAUUCUUGUACCCACCUCAAUGCUGCACACACUGAUUUUUAAAUCGUUCAAAUAUCUUGAGUAGUCUUAGAUAUGCCACAGUUUGUAACAUGGGUGUAAAAACAAAGUUUGGAGAAAACCCAAUUUCUAGCACAUUUUAACCUUUGAUGAAGUUCAACAUACUGCAAAAAUAACUAAUAAUAGAAAAUAUUAAACUUUAGAAUAUUAUAAAUCCUUCAAUAUGUUAUUAAGAAAUUGUUAAACGUUAGUUUUCUGAUGGAACUAAAUUUUUUAGCCAUUUCACCCUGAAAUAGCUUUGCUGACAACUGGGACCGUUCUCAAGGUACAUACAAUACAAUGUAGACCUCUGGGGGGUUGUGUUUAUGUAGUUUGUAUGUAUAAUGAAAUAUGGGGUUAUGG